CAAGCUUAUCUCAUAUUCAGACAAACCAAGCCUCUUCUUCAUUUCAAUGAAACCAACUCAAAUGGCUGCUUCCUCCUUCACCUGCGAACUCACGAUACUGCGAGCCGAGAACAUGGAUUCCCUCCCCGAAGGCGGCAACCUCUUCGUGAGGUGCUACCUCUCUGCUGCGGGCAAGAAGGAGAGGAUCCAUCUCGAUACCCGACUGGUCGAUGACCCAGCAGCAUGCUCCUGGGACCAGACCUUCUCCAUUCAGUGCAGCGGGGCAGAGGAGUCCAUCGACGAACUGAAGCAAGACAGCUUGAUCCUCGAGCUGAGGCGGAAGAGGAGGGUGAGGGCGACCCUUCUUGGAGGGUCCUCCUCGUCGAAGCUGCUGGGUAGGGCGGAGGUUCCAUGGAGGACAGCCUUCAAUUCUCCGGACAUGGAGAUCGAGAACUGGGUGCCUGUUGUUCCUUUAUGGGACAGCGGUAACAAGGAAGGAGUCAAGCCUCCUUACAUUAGAGUGGCCCUGAAGCUAAGGUUCGGACCGGCAAAGGCGGGAGAGAUCAGUGCUCGGCAACAAAAGAGGAGGAAGAGGGCGGGAGAAAGCGGGUGCGGUUGCGAAAGGAGAUGUGAUCAACCGUGGGGAUGUGGGAAUGGAGAAGAGUACUAUCAUGCCUUUGCCAUGGCGGCUGCCUUGGAAGCCUUGUGAAUUGAAGGAACUAACACGACAAUAGUCAUUAUGUAGAAAAAAUUGUUUGGUAGAUUUUUUCACGAAGAACUUCACAUCAGUCUAAUUGGAGAUUUUAAUGAAACUUCUAACAUUUUUCUCUCUCAAA